ACGGCGUCGUUUCACGUCUCCUUCUCCUUCUGCGACUCUAAAACCGUAGCCUUCUCUUCUCCUUACAUCUCUUCUUCUUGAACCUGCUCCGAUCCUGCAUUCACUCACACCGUCUGAGAAAGAAAAAACAAAAAAAAAAAAAAGUCUUCGGUUUUCGCUUUCUUGUUUUGACGACGCCGACGAGAAGAAGAGAGAGCAAAGCGAUGGGGUUGAUAUUGGAAGAGCAAGAGAACGACAUCGUCUUGGUCCCGCCCUCGAAUUUCUCAAUGGUCGAGGACGGCAUUUUCAGAUCCGGCUUUCCUCAACCCUCCAAUUUCGCCUUCCUCGAUACCCUAAAUCUCCGAUCCAUCAUAUAUUUGUGUCCCGAACCCUACCCGGAAGAGAACUUGGAGUUUCUCAGGUCUCGGAAUGUUCGUCUCCUUCAGUUCGGAAUCGAGGGGAAGACGGAGCCUUAUGUAUCUAUUCCCAAGGAGACCAUCAUGGAGGCUCUGAAAGUCUUAAUUGAUGUGAGAAACCAUCCAGUUUUGAUCCAUUGUAAGCGUGGAAAGCAUCGGACAGGUUGUCUUGUUGGUUGCCUGAGAAAAUUUCAGAAUUGGUGCCUGUCUUCUGUGGUUGAGGAGUACCAACGUUUUGCUGGUGCAAAAUCUAGGAUAACAGAUUUGAGAUUUAUAGAGAAAUUUGACGAAAUGUGCCUGAGGCAGUGUCUUUACAGCAUUAUAUACCAGUAUCAAGGAUAUGGUUCAAACAAGAGGAAGCUGCUGUACAGUGAAGAGCCUUUACAAAAGCCCCGAAUUACGUCAAUUUAGCCGGGCUUGAGGGAGCGUUUUCUUUCUUUCUUUCAAUUUUUUUU